CUUACUAGAAAUCUAGUGUUUUGGCACUUUGGUAGAGUUUACGAAAACCAGUAGCUAUCCAGGAUCAAUCCUCAAUUUCUGAAAUUUGCAUAAUAUUUUCCAACUCAAUUCAGCCAUUUCAUUUUAUAAACAGAGACAAGAAGACUUUUGGAUUUAAGGGUAAGCCAUCAUGUCUGAGGAGACAAACUCUACAAAAGUGGAGUCUUUGGAUGUGAAACCUUCACUUUCUGGCUCUGCUUCUAACACCACCACCACAACCUCACAAGGCUCAGGAGGCACAAAGUCAAGCUCACAAAGUCUUAAACCCAACUACUCUCUCAAGUUUACCCUAGCUGGCCACACUAAAGCUUUGUCUUCUGUCAAGUUCAGCCCAAACGGAGAAUGGUUGGCCAGUUCUUCUGCUGAUAAACUAAUCAAAAUUUGGGGUGCUUACGAUGGGAAAUUUGAGAAAACUAUUUCUGGUCACAAACUGGGUCUGAGUGAUGUCGCAUGGUCAACAGACAGCAAGUUACUGGUCAGUGCAUCGGAUGAUAAAACCCUUAAAAUUUGGGACUUCGCUACGGGCAAGUGUUUAAAGACGCUGAAGGGACACAGCAAUUAUGUUUUCUGCUGUAAUUUUAAUCCACAAAGUAAUCUUAUUGUCUCUGGUUCUUUUGAUGAGAGUGUUCGUAUUUGGGAUGUGAAGACUGGCAAAUGUCUGAAGACGUUACCCGCCCACUCAGAUCCAGUGACCGCAGUCCACUUCAACAGAGACGGUUCCUUGAUUGUCUCAAGUAGCUAUGAUGGCCUCUGUCGCAUAUGGGAUACAGCCUCAGGCCAGUGUUUGAAGACUCUGAUGGAUGAUGAUAACCCACCUGUUUCAUUUGUCAAGUUCUCACCCAAUGGGAAAUAUAUUCUGGCAGCAACACUUGACAAUACACUCAAGCUAUGGGACUACUCAAAAGGAAAGUGUUUAAAGACAUACCUAGGCCACAAAAAUGAAAAGUAUUGUGUUUUUGCCAACUUCUCAGUCACUGGUGGGAAGUGGAUAGUGUCAGGGUCUGAGGAUAACAUGGUCUACAUCUGGAAUCUUCAAACCAAAGAAGUUGUUCAAAAAUUGGCUGGACAUACAGAUGUUGUACUGAGCUGUGCAUGCCACCCAACAGAAAACAUCAUAGCCUCAGCUGCCCUGGAGAAUGAUAAAACAAUCAAAUUGUGGAAGAGUGACACGUAGCAUGAACACCAUCUUACAGCCAAUAAGUCAUUUCUGGUUGAUAGCACUGAGUUGUGUACCAUCUCUGUGUAGGGGGGGGGGGGGUGUGAGAGGUCUAUCUGGGAGCUGCUGUCUUUACAUAUUGUCCUUCACCUGGCUUUUGCUAAACAUUAGGGGUACAUGUGGCUGUUGGGGGGGGGGGGGGGGGGUUAAUGUUUGCUCCUUGUACUUUUAAAUGCACACCACCAUUUUCAAAUCUCUCCAGACCUUCAAACCUAAGCUGUAAGAGCACCAUGGAUUUCCUGUGCUUGAUCUAGCUUUCAGUUUUAGAAAUUUGAGGCGAGUAGAAUUGAAGAUUUGUAUAAACUGUGUACAGUCUGUUGAAUGACAUGAGUGGCAGCAAGAUGUUCCCUCUGUUUUGUUUGAAUGUAUCUAUCUAUGUAAAUAGUAGUGGAGUUGUGUACAAACAGGUGGGUGCUAUCAGUGUUCUAGCCAUGGUUGAUGUCAAGAUCAUUAUACAAGUGAUCCAGAGAAAAGCCAUAAGUUUCUCAUGGGGGUAUCCAUUCAUUGAAUCAUUCACCUAUUUAUUCAUUCAUUAUGAAACUCAUAGUCGACUUGAAGUGUUUCUGUAUCAUUUUGCUGAUUCUGUGUAGCCAUUUAAAAUGUAGGCGUGGCAGGACCUGAACAUGAGACUGUCACCUGGUGGGUGAACCUUAGGAUUCCUGCUAGAUUGGCUUAGAAUUAGGGGGGUGGGGGGUGUCAGUUCAUGUCAGACUGUAAAGUUAGCCUCUAAUGAUGUAUAUAGACUCACUAGAAUGUACAUAUGAUUGUUAAUGUAGGGGUUGUCUGUACUUUGAUGCUGUUUAUGUAGGGAGGGGAUCUGUACUUUGAUGUUUUGUUUACAAUCAUGUAUGUGUUUUACUUGAUCAUUUAAAAAAUAAACAUCCUUUUUUUUCAA